AUGGCUAGUAUGGACGAUUUUAUUGAGGAAUGUUUGCGGGAACACAAUGCGAAGCGUGCUUUGCACAACGCUCCUGCCCUGCGUCAUAGCCGUGCUCUAGACAAGACGGCACAGGAUUGGGCAGAGCAACUGAUAUCGGAAGAACCAAUUAAAAAUAGCCCUCUCUCAGGCCGUGGAGAAGUCGGAGAGAGCAUCAGUAUGAGGACCAGUACAUCUCCCCACGUUGAUAUUCAAGGUGCCGAAGUUGUUAGCCAAUGGUACGCAGAUAUGAAAAAUUACAAUUUUGAAACCGAGAAAGGACCCGCAGGGAAUUUCACUCAAUUGGUCUGGAGUACCACACGCGAAGUUGGAUUUGGUAAAGCUCGUGCCCCUGGAAAAUGCAUUGUAGUCGCUCAUUACCGCCCACCUGGAAAUGUUCGUGGUCACUAUGCUGAAAACGUUCACCCCCCAGCGGGUGGUGUACCUUCUGGGGCAGGACACAGCUCUGGAACACACUCAACUGACAGUGCGAAACAUACUACUGAAACCAAAAAGACUGUUGUCACCGAGAAUGUCACAGAUCCGGAUGGUUCAAAGUAUACAGUGCGUCGUGAGGUUGUGGAGUCUGUAGGUCCUGAUGGACGAGUAAGUAAUUCCAUGCCAUGGGAAGAAACGUUGUGGUUUUGUGUUGCAUAUACUUGA